AUGGCCAAUCUCCUUCUUGCCAGUCGAGGAUCCAACCCCUCACCCACAGUUGGUGAAUGCUGGGUACGAAACUUUGUCAACCGCCAUGAAGAGCUGAAAUCUAAAUUCUCCCGCAAGUAUGAUUAUCAGUGUGCACUAUGUGAGGAUUCUGAGGUUAUCCGUGGGUGGUUUAGACUCGUACAAAACACCAUUGCAAAGUAUGGGAUCCUGGAUGAUGAUAUCUACAACUUUGAUGAGACUGGAUUUCAGAUGGGGGUUAUUGGGACUGCCAGGGUCAUUACUGGGUCUGAAAGAGCUGGGAAUCCUAAGCUUGUACAGCCUGGAGAUCGGGAAUGGGUGACUGUUAUUGCUGGAAUUAAUGCAACUGGCUGGGCUCUACGUACGAUGAUUAUACUCAAGGGAAAGAUGCACCAGUCCUGUUGGUAUGAGACAGAAGGGCUGCCAAGUGACUGGGUGAUUGAAGUCAGUGAGAAUGGCUGGACCACUGACCAGCUGGGUGUGUACUGGCUGAAAGAGGUGUUCAACAAGGAGACCCUACCCCACUGGCACCGAAGUCAUGCCUCAGCUGGAUUUGAUCAAUUCUGCUCUGAGAAUCAGAUUAUUGCUCUCUAUAUGCCACCUCAUUCCUCCCAUCUUCUUCAGCCAUUGGAUGUUGGCUGCUUCUCACUGAAAACAGCGUACGGACAACAGGUAGAGAACCAAAUGCGGCUUGGGAUCAACCAUAUUGAUAAGGAGGAGUUUCUGGCCCUAUAUCCUGCAGCUCAGAUACAGGCCCUGACUGAGAGCAACAUUAAGAGUGGUUUUAGAGCAGCUGGGCUGGUUCCGUACGAUCCUGAGCAGGUUCUCUCACGACUUAAUACAACAAUGCAUACCCCCACCCCACCUGGGACCUCUCAUAGCUCUCAGGCCUCCUGGGCCACUGCUACACCACAUAAUAUACACCAGCUAGAGCAGCAGACUAAGAAAGUUAAAGGAUAUAUUAAGCGCCCUCAAGAGGGUGCUUUAAGGGUUGAAGAAGGCUUGGAUCGCGUACGAAGGGUCAAUGAAUUGGAAGGAGGGGUGGUUGAGGCUGCUGGCUCUCAACCACGAAAACGUGCAGCACCACGGUGUAGUGCGAGCGUUGGGUGGAAACUGCCACCUUCACAACUUAGCUCGGUACUCAGUCUUAAAGGUGUGAAAAGGGAAAAACUCUCUUCACGCAUUGACACGUUCUUCUAA